AUGGAGGACCAGGACUCCAACAUCGGGAGCUCGAUCCUGAUGCGAUUCACAGAUUCGACGCGCAUUCACCACCUCGAAAUCCGCAAAAUGAUCGCCGCGACGUCCCAUGGUUUCGUUCCGCGGAGGAUUGCUCCGACCGCCGUGGCCUACUUUGAUGCCACGUGCUCCUCUCUGAACCAGCUCUCCCCCUCCUCUGAAGCUCACGUGAUCGAGGCUGUGGUGACGAUUCUCUCCAUACUCAUCCCGCAAGUCUCCCCGGAAAUUCUCAUCGAGAAGGAGAGUACCAACGAGUCUGUGUCCGCGGCGGUGGCGCGUGUUCUUCAAUUCGAUACUCGGAAUUUGAAUGACGACGCCGCCGUUUUGGGAGUGAAGUGCAUUUCGCAACUGCUGACUGUCAUCCUCACUAACAAUAUGGACUCUGCCUGGUCCCAUGUCUCUUAUUUGUACCAGCUUUUACUGGGUUUCGCAACUACGCGCAUCAGUCAUGUGAGGAAGGCGUCACAUGUUGUGAUUGCCGAGGUAAUGCAAAGUAUGCAAGGCACCGCAGAUAUUGUCCCUGCAAGUGAAGCCCUUGUUAACUUAUGUGUGGUCCUGAUGCCUACCAAGUUCAAGCUAACGAUGCUCAACUACUUCAAGACCAUCUUGGAACUGGCGUUGCAUAGAACCCCAGUUACAGUGCGUAUUGAAUGGAUUUUGGAAAGAUUUUGUCUCCACCCAUCAGCAGCCAAAGGCGUUCCUCCUCACCUUUUGCUUGAUCUGUUAUGCUUGAUUUCAGUUUCUGUCACCAAAAGAGCGGUGUUUGAUCGUGAGGGGGCAACUACGGCUUCUAUACUCAAAAAUGGAGUGUCAACAGUUUACUCCUCCAACAGGGAAAUCUGUGUGAUCAAACUUCCACUUGUGUUCGAUGCACUCAAAGUUUUGAUGAGGAUACCUGCAGAUCAGGUGGAUGACUGGCAUAUAGAAGAGGACAUCUAUGCAGCAGCACAAGCCUUUAAGUAUCUCAUUCAUGCUUGCAUCGAUGAAGGUUUGGUUAAUCAGGGACUUGACCAGAUCAAUACAAUUGCAAACAGCAAGUCUGAGCCUCCUCAGCCGAAGGAGCUAACUGGGCAUGCUCUUGUUUUCAUGAGGGGUACACUGGAGAGCUUGGCAGACAUGCACAAGUUUGCAGAUGAACAAUUCCCUUACAGGAAACAGGCUACACUUCUUCUAGGAAGGCUUGUUGAGGAGAAAUUUGGGGUUGAUGAUGCUAAUAUUAGGGCUGCCCUGACUCGAGAAGAACUCAUGGGACUGCUUGCAGAUUAUAGGGACCUUAAAUCCAAACAAUUGGCACAACUUUCUCAUUUGAAAAGGAAGGGGCCGAGUAUUGAGCAUAUCUCAGGACAUUGUGGUCCAUCGAGUAUAAGGGCUAAGGCGGCUACAGCUAGAGCAAUAUGCAGCACAGUGAAGAUGACAAAGAAGAUUAAGCUCUAA